AGAGAAAGACAUAGUGCUGAAAGAGCAAGAGGUAUCGCACAAAGGAAUAAGUUGGAGAGAGAAGGAAGGCGUUGAGUGAGUCAGUGAUGGCGUACAGCAGCCAGGCCGAGCCCAGCUGUUCUUCGAUCCCCUAACCUACGCCAGUUUAUUUCAGCUACCAACACUAUGUGGUCCUGAAACCGCUUCGUGCUCUCUUGUGUUCGUCGAAGUUUCGUUAUCUGUCGAUCUUCGGUUUUAUCACGUUCCACUCAUUAACAUUUUUUUCGCUGUGAUUUCUUUCGAUUUGAAAUUCUAUUGACGAAGGGAAAAAAAGAAAAAGAUAAAAUACGUGAACAACGUGAGAUAAGAACAUUUUACCUGCUCGUCGAAACAAUGAAUCGAUUGUGUAAUGUUUCAUGGCUCUUCGCGAUGUGACAGUGAUAAUUCGAUGACGCAUAAAAACCGAAUUUUCCCUGACAAUUUAUUAAUGCAAGUGUCCCUAUGAUAUGGGGAAACGCAUGUGACUUUGCCAGACCUCAUUAUCUUGGUUUUUUUAAUGGAUUAACCGCUUUGAAUCACACUUUUUCCUUUGGACACUUUUGGAUCUCGUUCGAGCGAAAAAAUAACGAAUCGAUCACAACGCUAGGGUGAAUUGCGAUUAUUCGCGAUUAUACAUCGCGCGUUUCGAAAUCGAAUUGGAAUCAAGUCGGAGUCGAAUCAAAGUGGUGUGUGUUCAUGAUACGAAGGAGUUCUCGUUGAUUGUCGUAAUUGAAACGGAACCGGAGAUUUUUUAACAAGCACGGGUCGGUAAAAAAGAAGUCGGUUUCCAAGAUUUCCUUGCGAAAUAACUUGAAAAAAAUAGAAAUGUUCUUUAGAUAUCAAAAAGAAUAUGGAAGUCUGUUUAAAUAAAGAAUUUAAAUAAUAAAUUGUGAUGAUGAUAAUCCGAAAAGUGUCGCAAACAUUCUUUUGAAUGUUAAUUUCGAAGGAAACCGAAUAAGAAGAUUUACCGGAGUGGAGAUUUUUUUAAAAUAUCCUUGAAAUUUUGAGGUUAAGAUAAAUUUUUACAAAAUUUAAAAAAAAAAAUUAUUAAUUUUUACGAAAUGAAGACUCUUUUAUGAUAGUGAAAGCUCGAAGAAAGUAAAUGUGAGAGGUUUAUCCGAUGAAUCUUAUAUUUCUUCUAUUUUUGGAUAAAUUUAUUAAACCGGGGAUUAAAAACCGUAUAAGGUAAUAUCGAAUCAAAAAAUAAGAUUAAGUAAGACGUUGGUAUCAAUUUGAAAUUUUCUUCGGAAGAAAUCAGGUCGAAGAAGGAAGAAAGCAGAUUUUUCUUCUUUAUCUCUCACCGCAAAAGGCGCGUCCGGUUGAUUUGCGAAACAAAUGGCAAAACGUGGGCCGCAAACGAGUGGCAACGUGCAACUAUAAAUGGAACCUGUAAUUCCAAACCAUCGACCGUGUCACAAGGAAAAUAAACCGUGAAAGGAAUCGAAAUUUUCAAAGAAUCUCUCUGAAAAGAGAAAUUCUUUCUAAAUCAACUUCAGCUAAAUAUUACGAUAACAUGUAAUACUAAGAAUUGUGAAAUAUAGAUAUAAUACCUAAAUAUAAAAUCUAAUAAAAGAUUAAAAGAUUGUUCCUUCGAUAAGAUAAGCAUCGCAAAUCCUAUAAAUUUUAAACUAUUAAAGAUUAUUACAGAUUUAUAAUACACGAUAUAUAUGAUAAAUAUUAAAUAUAAUAAAAAAAAAUUGAUCAUAAUAUAUAUUCAUUUAUAACAAAUAACAAGCAGAAAGGAAAAAGAAGAAAAUAGUUCCUCGCAGUCUGAUUACAUAAAAAAGACUAUAUAUUACGGGUAUACGUAUCUAUAUCUACAUUCCUGACACUAAUUUCAAGAUUUCAACAUAGUGAUCAAGAUCGAUAAUCAAUCCUUCCCGCAAAUUGUAUCAUUCGAUCGUUUGCUAUAUUAAACCGCGAAGAAAAAAAAGAUAGUUCCUCUCUCGACACAUUCCGCAAAUUCUCGAAAGGUCAGCGUACCAAUUAAGCCUCGUAGAGCACGGUCUUGUCAUCGUUUCGUUGCUUCGAAACGAAAAAGAAAGCAACAAGUAUAUAAACGAGUGGUACGUAAAAAAUAAUUAAUCGUGCCGCGAUAAAGAAUACACACAUCGAGAAAGGUUUCGUCGUGCAACAGGGAUGGGGUGUUGAAAUGCCAGAGGGACAUUUUGAAAAUCUUUGCUUCGGCGCAUGCGUGCCGACGCACUCGGCGCCCGAUGGAGCACGAUGAAGCUGUCCCUCGGUGGAUGAAGAAGGGUCGAGACCCGGAGAAGAGAAGCUUUUCUCAUGGUGUGCGUCGACGUCGGAUCAGCCAGGACACGCAAGACGUCGCGACGCGUCGUUCGCCGAUCCUCGCGGUUUAAUCUCUCUGAUUUCACACCUCUCGCUCGAUUCAGACUUGACCCGUCGAUUGAUCCCAUGGACACGAUAUAAUAAAAAUAAAAUCAAAAAGGGAUACGGAAUAAAUAUUUGAAAAAUAUAUAAUUAGAAGAUGGAAAACGGAAUAAAUAAUAAAUGUAUAAUAACGUGAAACGAUACGAAGAUGAUAAAUAUAAAUAAAAUAAUAGGAAAUAAAGAAUAGAAAAUAAAAAAAAAACGAUAUAAUAAAUAUAAAAAAAGAAAAAAAGAAAGAAAGGAAGGAAGUAGUAUAGUAUAGUUUCGGAGUAAGAAAAUUAUGCCGGGUGAAAAGAGGGAGAGAGGCUUGAGACAAACGACGUCAGGAAUAAGAGAGGGUUCUCCGUCAAAAACGAGCGAGCUUGAAGUAAGAACACGCGGUAGCUCGAUGAUCCCUCUUCCCCGUGCAAUGCCACAUAACCCAAAGACCGUGAAGACGGAGAAGAAUCGUUUGAGAUUGAUCAUGGAGAACAACAGAGGUCUUGUGGACGCGUUGGAGAAGGAGCGAAGGAUCAACGUGGACGAGGAUGAGGAUGGAUAUCGAGUGUCCUCCACUAGGGAGCCGGCUGCACCGCGAUACUGUGACCUGUCCUGCAACGUGUAUCGAUGUCCUGUGCGAAAGGAGGACGCGGAUGAUUGCCAAAAGAGACCGGAAAGAUCCUUGUCUGAGGAGUGUCGCGUGUCUCACGGACCGGUAGGCGUCGGCGUGGAAGGUGUCGGCUCGUGGAGGGCUCAACGGCGCCCUCACAAUAUCGAGAUAUCUGCGCCCCUGUCCGGCGUCGCGGCGCACGAGCUGGAGUCGUCCGUGGACGGCGCAGCGUUCAACCCUGUCGCCGCAGCGGCGACGACAUCCACGAGAUGCUCGUUGGUGAAAAACACUCUGAAAACGCCUUUAUCCUCUUCCACUUUUUUACCCGUCAAUGCCAAUAUCAGACCAAGAUUGUACCUGGGUUCCGUGAUUGCUGAAACCAGCAAGGAGGAUGCCAUGGAGCCGGAAGUGAAAGAGGAGGACGAACGAAGGUCGUCCACGCCGAGUCCCGAGCAGAUAUAUAUAAGAAGAAAUAAACGUUACAAUGAGGGUGGAAGUAGCGAAGAAGAUAGCAAACCGGAUACAUCCCUACAAGGUCAUAGAAUACCGUCUUCUUAUCGGGGAACUUGGCCCAUCAGAAGAGAUAUAUGGGCUAAUCAACAAAUGGGAUUUUCCACUCAACAAGGCACAUCAACCACUGUACAUAACGAUAUAGCUAGCGUGAUGAGCUUUUCUUCAAAUUCGGGUGGGGCUUUCGGCUGUUCUACGGAAAUACAAGGAGAUCGAAGAUUAGGAGCAAAAGUAGACGUGGUGUACAAUCUAUUGGGAAUGUUAGGCAGUACAGAGGGCCGGGAAGAUAUGAGUGCAACGUUACUCUCAAUGAGUAAUUCGAUAGAUAAUUGCCUCAUAAUGAGGCAAUCAGGAUGCCUGCCAUUGUUGGUACAGUUAAUUCACGCUCCAGGACAAGAUCCAGAAACCAGAGAAAAAGCAUCAAGAGCUUUGCACAAUAUAGUAUACGCUAAAAGUGACGAAAGGGCAGGACGUAGAGAAGCAAGGGUUCUUCGAUUUUUAGAACAGUUACGAGAUUAUUGUCAAGCACUGAGAACGUCUCUGCAAACGGGACAGAUUCCUGAUGAUUUAGAAAGACAUCCUGGACCGACUAUAGCAGCAUUAAUGAAACUUUCCUUCGAUGAAGCUCAUCGUCACGCUAUGUGUCAACUCGGUGGACUUCACGCGGUCGCAGAACUAAUCGAGAUGGAUCAUAUGGCACAUGGAAGCGAAUGCGAUGACCAAAACUGUAUCACUUUACGUAGAUAUGCUGGAAUGGCUCUGACUAAUUUGACUUUCGGCGAUGGAAAUAAUAAAGCAUUAUUAUGCUCCUUCCGGGAGUUCAUGAAGGCACUAGUCUCGCAGUUGAAAAGUCCAAGCGAUGAUCUUAGACAAGUAACAGCAUCUGUAUUAAGAAAUUUGUCGUGGCGAGCUGAUACCAGUAGCAAACAAACAUUAAGGGAAGUAGGAGCUGUGACUGGUUUAAUGAAGGCUGCGAUGGAAGGUAGGAAAGAAUCAACGCUCAAAUCGAUAUUGUCUGCAUUAUGGAACUUAUCGGCACAUUGUAGUACGAAUAAGGUAGACAUUUGCGCCGUGGAUGGUGCACUAGCAUUCCUCGUGGAUAUGUUGAGUUACAAAGCACCGUCUAAAACUUUAGCUAUUGUAGAAAACGCUGGUGGUAUAUUGAGGAAUGUAUCUAGCCAUAUCGCCGUUAGAGAAGAUUAUCGAGCCAUUGUAAGAGAAAGAGGAUGUUUGCAAGUAUUAUUGCAACAAUUACGAUCACCUAGUUUAACCGUUGUUAGUAAUGCCUGUGGAGCUCUAUGGAAUCUUUCUGCUCGAUGUCCUCAAGAUCAGCGUUUAUUAUGGGACUUAGGCGCCGUUCCAAUGCUUCGUAGUCUAAUUCACUCCAAGCACAAAAUGAUUUCAAUGGGUUCAAGUGCAGCUUUAAAGAAUUUGCUAAGUGCCAGACCAGGUUCCAACAACCUUGUUCACUUAGAUUCAACAGCACGCGGAUUAGGCCUUCCAACUUUACCAACUCUAGUUGCUCGCAGGCAAAGAGCUUUAGAGCAAGAAAUAGAUCAAAACUUAGCAGAAACUUGCGAUAAUAUUGAACCUAGCACAUCGCCUACUAACAAAGACGACAAGUUUUCAUUCAAGGUUGAACACAGCUUCUUAGGGAUCAAUACGCGUAGUCUACGUUCUUAUCAGUUGCACAAUCAGCCCAGCACAUCUAAUAUCAAAUGUAACGGAGUCGCCAGAAGUGAGAGUAGGGACUCUAUGCGUUCUAUAACAAGUACACACUCUGAUACUAUGUUCGAAAGAGUAAAUCGACAUGUAUUGAACGGAUUAUCUCCCACUGAUAUUCAAAUAAAACAGCAAUCUUCAUCGUUGCAUUCUGCAGUCGGUUUUGAUAGUGGAAUAUCCACCGAUGUUCAUUCGAAAACGUCUUCAGAGAAAAAAUAUACAUUACGCUAUAAAAAUGCCAUCCCAGAUCGUUUAAAAUCAUCAGAUUUUAAUGCUCUUGGUGAUCUUAGAUGUACUAACUCUACUAUUUCCUGGUCUUCUGCUCCAGAUCAAGAAUCCACUUGUUCACAAAAUUUAUUACAUUCUUCUGUAGAAGACAAUUUGCCACAAAGCAUCUCGUCUAUUCUAAAGACUGGCAGUCAAUCCAGUAUUUCAGAAGAAACGGAGUUAAAUACUUGCACAAAAACAGAAUAUGUGACUACAAAGACUGGGAUAGAAACUUCGUUAUCUUUUGUUAAUAGUAGCUCUCCUGUAAAAGAUACUAUCAGCUUUGAAAAUGUCUAUGAUAAGAGUGUAUUACACCAGCAUAAUUCAUUAAAUAGUAUACAACAAACUAUUUCACCAACUGUAAACCAUCGAACAGAAGGAACUUUGUUUAGUGAUUAUGCCGUGACCGAUUUAGAUCAACCGACUGACUAUAGUUUGCGUUAUGCGGAACGAAGUUUAGAAGACGAAGAAAAACCACAUUCCCAUUAUUUUACAAACAAUGAUCAGGAACUUAUUCAUGAAGAUACAGUGAAGACUUAUUGCACAGAAGGAACGCCACAUGGAACAUCCUUGAAUUCUUCUAGAGCAGCAUCUGCUUCUGACUUACAAGAAGAUACUCGGCAGAGAAAUUUAUUGAAAAAGAUUCAAGAGCAAGGUAAAUUACAAGAUAAGGAAGAAAUGAAUUUAGAAACAAGUAUCAAGCACAAUAAUAUUGAAGAAGAUACUGUGCAAAAUCCAUUAAGUUCGAGAAGUACUCUUACACAAAUAUCUUCAAAUAAUUUACAAUAUGAUGAAAGUAAUAAUAUGACGUCCAAUUCGACUAAAAAUAAGCCUGAUAUGAAAAAGAAAUAUGAUACUCAAAGUGGCAUGUUUGAAAAAAAUGAUAAAUUCGAUAAAAAUUAUCCCAACAAUGGAGUUAAUUCGUACGUGACCAGUGCAUUGAAAGCUUCUAAUGAUUCAGGAUGUAAGGAAUUUGAACUAAAAGGAGAUACCCGUAACAUGCCUUAUAUAUUAAAUAUAAACAACUCUUCCGAAUGUUUAGAUCAAGUCAGUGAUGGCGAUGAGGAUGAUGAAGAUCUACUUACAGCUUGCAUUAAUAUUGGAAUGCAAAAUAAUAGGCACAGGCAUUCUUUUAUUGGAAACAAUUUUGAAAAAGUUCCACGAAAUGAAAGUAACUUAGCUCGAUAUCAAACUAGUAUUGCACUUGAUCAAAUGGAAUGUAACUCAUUAAUCGAUUCUACCAUAAACAGUCUUGAUAUAAAACAAUUGGAAUCUGAAGAAACAAUAAAUUCCGAAAUUUCUAUAGAUAAUGUUAUUGAUAAUUCAUCAAAAAUGAAUAUUGUAUCAAAUUAUGGUCAAAGUACAGCUAAAUUUAUGCAAGAGGAAACAGAAUCUAAAAUUUCAAUACAACAAUCAAAUCAAGUUUUACAGAAUGAAUUAGGCAAAAUAAAAAAGACAGAACACAAUUCAUUAUUAUAUGAUGAUAGACUAUGCAACUUUUCAUUGCCUUCGAAUUUAAGAAAUAGUCCAAUAUUACAUGAAACAGUAAUAUUCAAUACAGAACCAUCUCAACAACAAUAUUUAUCUAGUAUCGAUACCCAUUCAAAUGAAGAUAUGUCAUCUUUGAUUCAUAAUGAUCUUAUUGAUAAUGAUCAAAAUAUAGAUGAUGAUUCAACUAAGUGGGAAAAUGAUAAAGUAUUAGAAUCCAUAGAAAAUAAAAAUAUCGAGAAUCCAUCUAUGGAACAAUCUUAUUCAAAAGUAACAAAUUCAGACAGCAGCGAAUCGAUUGAUUCUGUAGAACAAUCCGAACAUGCGCUUCUAGAAUUAUGUAUACAACCUGCAUUAGCUAAAACUAUGGACAAUAUUCAACUAAAUAAAACUAUAGUGAAUAAAAAUAAGGAUGAAUUUGAAGAAAAACAAAAUAAAACAAAAAUUAGUAAUGAUGAAAUUAAUAAAACAUAUAGCGAUAUAUGUGAGAUAGAUGGUAUUAAGAAGGAAGAAAUUGAUUUAAAACACAAAUUAAUACAAAAAUCUGCAGAUUCAACAAAAUAUGUAGAGAAAGAAGAUGUAUAUCGACGUCAGAGAGAUCCUGAUGCCAUGAUUGCUUCGUUAGAUCGAUUAACUGCAACUUUAGUGCAGCAAACAGAAGCAAUUCGAGAACGAGAUUCUAACGCGAUGAAACAAAGUGUAUUGAGUGAUACAUGGAACGAGGAUUCUCCUAAUGAUGUCUCUUUUCCUAGUAUCAGCAUUAGUGCUCCCAUAAUUGCCUCGUUUAAGAGCGAUGUAGCAGAAGAACAAGGUACGAUUACCUCAGAGUGUUAUGAAACAAUAAGCAGUGAAAGUGGUCCUAUGUCGAAUUCAAAAAUUAUUCAAAGAGAAGCAAUUAAAUUGGCUGAAGCAGUGGAUGCAGAAAUGAACAGACAAAACGAGUUAGAUACAACUAGUAUGACAUCUAUGGACUUAGAUGCAAUUAAACCUCCUUCUUCUAUGGGGAGUUUAUUAUCACUAACUGCUAGCUACGCAGGUUCAGGUGAUUGUAGCGAGUCAUUCAUUAAUCGAGAUAGAUGUAAUUCUGCGUCUUUACCUCCGAUUCAAGUGAAAAAUGUUUCUUUGACGGAUUCCCGAAAUAAUCGUAAGAAAUCACUUCCUCUAGGUGUAGUAGCUAAAAGAGCUCUUAAUCAAAGCCAAAAUCAUACUGGCAGUUUAGAAAACUUGUUAAAUGAAUGUACUGGUUCGCAUUUAGACAGUGUUAAACCACCAUCAAUGUUAGAUGAAUUACCAGACGUUGGCGAUAUGGAAAAUAGUAUGUUAAGUGUGGCAAGUAUUACAUCAGAAGUGGCGGAUUCUAAAGAUCAAGAUUCGCAACACUUAAGUGGAAGCGAUGCUGCAUUUGACUUAUUAAGACCUGUUGCAAAUGUACUUUCUAUGACAUGUAUGCGAUAUGCUGAAGCUAUGCAGAAUAGUGCAAAUAAUAGUUUGAGCGAAUGCUUGGAAAAUAUCAAUCCGCCUUCAUUAUUCAACGAAGUCUGCGAAAUGGAUGAAUCGACAGUAGAACAGGCAUCAGAGACAAUAUGCAGUGACACAUUGUGUAUUGACGCGGAAUUACAUACUGAAGAAGCUUCACAUCCUGUUAUGAUAGAUAAAAUCGAUGAGGCAGGCGAUACUGAUGAAGCGGUUACACCAAUUUCUUCCGAAUAUUGUCUCACUAGUUCAGCAGAAUCUACGCCUAGAAAACGAUUGCAUAAAAAUUUAACACCGAAACAGAAAAGGACUUUGGCCAAAGAAAGAUAUAAAACUUAUACAAUAGCUGCGGAGCUUGACAAAAAAGAAACGGAUCAACAGGAAAAUGUAGUGCAAGAAAAGGUUUCACGGGGAAAGUGUUCGCCUUUUUCGAAAUUAACACCUAAACAACGCAGACAAGAAGAUAGAGCAAGAUUUCAAACGCAGGUAUUAGAAAAUCCUUUUCCUGACAUAAAUCAAGAUCAAAAUAAUCAACAAGAAAUUAAUACUAUUUGUGAACAAGAAAAUUCUGAAAAACCAACAAGAGCUAUAUCCCCUGUAAAAUCUGCUAUUCCUACAUUAAAAUUAUCUGCUUGUAAAACAUUAAUUAAAAAACGUACUGAGCAAAAGAAAAAUAGAGAAAGAUAUCGUACAAGAACUUUGAACAAUUCAGAAUGUAUAUUCAAAGAUAUAGAAAGUAAUGCUACAAAUGUAACAGAAGAUAGGAUACCAGAUUCAACGCACAAUAUUGAAUCAGAAAUUCAAACCAUGCUAGAACAAAAUGCAACCAUUGUAUUGAAUACAUUAAACGAAUCAAACAAAACGAAUGAAACUAUAGAGGAAGGAUUAUUAGAUUGCGAAACUAUUAGUUUAGUAUCAAAUGAAUCGGAAUCCGAACGUAAUCUUCGAAUGCGAUUUGUCAACGGUGUUUCGAAAAAGUUAAUAGGUUCAUAUUCUCAACAAAUAGAUAACGUACAGGAACCAAAAAAUGUUUAUAAAGAAACUAUUGAAAUUGAAGCACCUAAAUCACAUGAAGACAUCAGGUAUACCGACAACGUGGAGACUGAAAGCGAGGAUGAAUCAAAUAAUAUUGAAGAUCCACCUAGAGAAACAAAAAGACCUCGAAUAAUUAAACCAGGAAUGGUAAGGGAUCCCAGCAAUGAUUCCAAUGCUACAGAUAAAUCAGAUCCAGAAAGUCCAAAGGCUAUUCGAGGCAGAAGAAAAGCUCUCUAUUCGAAUCCAAUUACACGAAAACCAACACCACAAUCGUCUCCAUUAAAACAAGUGAAUCCUGUUAGUGGAAUACCUAUAGGACGCAGUAAUACUUCACCUAUUGUAAGAGCCACUAGAGCUACCACCCUCAGGCAAAAUAAUAAUAGUCCAAAUGUCAUGAUGAAAGAGUCUGCAAAAUCAAAUAUAAAUCUUAAAGCAACUUCUAAUUCAACAGAUGAUAAAAAAACAAAAGUUUUGUCUAUAGCUGCAAAAAGAGCAUCAGUUCCUCAAAAAGGAUCGUCGUUAACCUUCACAAAAUCUGUAAAAAGACAUAGCACACCUCCAACAUGUUCUUCUUCGAAUUAUCAACAAGAGACCAAAUCAGAUGUAACAGUGAAACCUUUAGAACGACAAGGUACGUUUACCAAAGACGAACCAGAAGUAGAAAAUGCUCCUACCGUAGUUUCUACAUCUUCUUCUCCGAUAAAAACGAAGAUCGCAAAACCUAUUAGAGGUGCGACAUCCAAAAUACAUCCAACAACAGGGAAACCAAAAAUUUCACCAAAGACACAUCAAGCACAUCAAUCGAAAUCAUCAAAAGGAAAUGUUUCAGAAAAGAAUCAAUCUUCGAAAACGUUAUUAGUAACUCCAAAACGAUUACCUACAGGAAAAAUGACUCCAAAAAUACCAGCUAAUAAUCAAAAUACUACACAAGCAGAAAACGGUAAAGUCUUUCGAAAGGUAGGUCCUCUUGGUCAGAGAUCUAACAGUAAUUCCAGUAUAGUAUCAAAUUCAUCGACUGGAAUGCAGACUAGAAAAUUGGCAAAGGAAGCAACUAGUAAAAUUGCAAGUUUGUGGAAAAAAGUAGAAGAGAGCAAGAAUAAGCAACGGUUUGAGAAAUCAGAUACUAGGCAAUGGGUACAGCCUGGCAAUUGUGCCAAUGAUGUAGAUGCUCCAAUUUUAGUGAGCAAUCCACCAACUUUUAGAUUAUUCCGUAGCUCAACAUUUGAAGGAGUACCUCAAGAGAAUGAUAAUUCUGAAUCAGCUUUGUACAAAUCUAAAUUGAAAAGACCGUUGGUAAUGGGUGUGCAACCUAGUAAAGUGAAAUACAGAAACUCUUGUGAUUUAAGCGGAAUGAACGCGAAUGAUGCUCCUUGCAAGAUUCCUGUAAAGUCUAGCGAUGCUUCUACGUACAAGAAAGAUACCAUAGACAUAGGUGAUGCUUCAGUUGUUUUACGAAAAUCACAGCAUACUGAAUCCUCCACGAUAGAGAUGGAUCCCACGAAACGGAUAUCACGUCUUGGUUCCUUUAUACGAGUAGAUUCAAAUGGAGAAGGUUCUGCACAAACAUAUGUUAGUGGGGCUGGUAUGCGUACACCCGCAUCCGCUAUCGUACCGCCUUUUAAUUAUAAUCCGAAGCAAGAUAUUUCACAAGCAGCCAAAGUAACGCCUGAUGAAACUGAAAGCAAAUUCAAAGUGACAGAUUGUCAUAGUGACAUAGUCACAGCUUCUACAAGAGUAACAACAGUAUAGUGGGAAUUUGUUAUAAAAUAAAUAAUUUCUUUUUUCAUAGUAUCGCUUUUCUGUUUCGGGCUAGUCAUUGUACAUUUGCUUUACUGCUAUAUUGAUCAUAAAUCAAUAUGCAGUACAUAUUAAGAGUACUUGAUAAGUAAAGUUUUCUUUUUUUACCUCAUCGUUUAAAGAGCACCGAAAAUCUUCAUGGUAUCUCACUAAUUUUUACACACUGAAUAUAAGAAAAUAAUUAAUUGAAUUUUUUUUCUUAUUAUGCAUGUGCAUUGCAAUGCAAUCUUUUUUUUUUUUAAAGAGAUAUAAUUAGAAUGUGACAUAGCUGGAAAUCCUGAUCAUUCCUAUUCACUUUGCGUGUUGUAUAUACAUAUAUUGAUAAAUUUCAUGAUUAUGAAGAAAAUUAAAAAUCGGUAGUACGUAGCAGUAAUUAUGCUCGAUUAUUUAUUCAAUUUUGUAUAUAUUGAACGUCGAUGAAGAAUGUAGAAAGUUUAGUAAUAUGUAUCACGACUCAUGAUGUAUAUCGCAGAAAAUGUGUCGCUGUACAUCUUCGUAAUAGAUAAAUUUGCAAGGAAGAAGAUCUGUAUUUUGUUUCCAUCGUAAACUGAUUUGUAUUCUUCUAAACAAGUAUAAAGUUUAAUUACUUUUUAAAGACUGAUAGAAACAUGAUGAAAAUUCGGAUGAAACUGAGACAUUUUCAAUACAACAAAAUGUUAUGGUAAAAAUGGUAAUAAUGUUUAUAUCAAUUUAGCGGUCUAAGUAACGCUAAACUGGCAUUACAUGAAAAGAUAAAAUUUUGUAAAUCCUUAUAUUAAGUUUCUAGUCUAUUUGAAAAUCUACAAUUAAAAUAGCUUCUAUUUUGAUCAUAUAUGUAUUACAUAAAAUCGAUUUGCAUGUAACAAGUGUCCACUGAUUUAACUGGUACCCUUUCUAAAAUAUACGUAGGUACAAUUAAAGAGUGUGUACGGAUCAAUUAUGUAUUUAUAGAUUGAAAAGUUUAAGCUAUCGAUAUGGCGUUUAAUAAUUUUAUUUUCAUAUUUUCUUCAUUAUUUUCUAGUUUUACUAGAAAAUUUGCUAUAAUAUUUGAAGCGAUCAAUAAUGCGUACAAUAUUUUAAGUUUUUUUCUAUAUCGUGUCAUCUUUCGUUCUAUAUGCGCAUAUGCAAAUCAAUAUAAAAUCUUAUUAGAAGGAAACUGUUUGACACGAUAUAGAAUAGAUUUUAUUGUUCGUUAAUUACAUAUUUAUUAUACGCAUUUUACCCUGUUCCAGUUCGAGUUAAUUAGAUUUAACCCUUCCAACUUGGAAUCAUAUCAGGGUAUCCUUAUAUUUUUUUUCAUACAAGAUAUGGUCUGUACUACACCAGAAAUCCUUUUCAAGAUUCUUUUAUAAUUUUCAUCUUUUACUUAGAUCUUAAGUGUAAUUCAUCUUUUGUUAUAUUAUAUUUUAGAUUCGGCGAACAUCUUAAUAAUUUGUAUAUUAAUAAUUACAGUACAAUAAAAUUUAUAGCUACUAA